AUGGAUCAUCUUGUUAAAGGUACCUACGAGCCGCCUUUCAAGGGGGUUCAAGAGUUGCUCGGAAAGCAUGUGUAUGAAGGGCUUGAGGUCGGUGCCUCGAUCGUUGUCAACAUCGACGGUGAGAAUGUGGUCGAUAUCUGGGGAGGAUACUUGAACGAAAGUCGCACGCACAGCUGGGAGAAGGAUACUAUUGUCAAUGUCUUCUCCACCACCAAGACCAUCACCAGCCUUGCAGCACUUGUUCUUAUCGAAAGGGGCAUGAUCAGCCCCUACGACAAAGUGGCAUCUUACUGGCCUGAAUUCGCCGCAAAUGGAAAGCAGGACAUUGAGAUAAGACACAUAAUCUCACAUACCUCGGGCAUCCCAGGGUGGGAACAGCCAGUCACCCUAAGCGAUAUUUGCGACUUCGACAAGGGAGUGACUUUGCUUGCUGCCCAAGCGCCAUGGUGGACACCCGGAACCGCAUCUGGCUACCACUCUUUCACGCAUGGAUUCUUGAUCGGACAGGUCAUUCGCAGGGUCACUGGAAAGACACUUGCAGAGUUCAUUCGAGAGGAUAUGGCUGAGCCACUAGGUGCAGAUUUCCGACUCGGUGUCCCCAAAUCCGACUUGCAUCGAGUUUCUGACGUCAUACCAUGGAUCGUCGCUCCGAGUAGCAGCACCAGUUCUAAUCCCAAAUCUAGCCCAGACUCUAUUGCCGCACGGGUGAGCAGGUACCCCGAGUUCAGGCCUGAUAUGGCCAAUACUACCCUAUGGCGAAAUGCUGAGCUAGGGGCUGCCAACGGCCAUGGGAAUGCGCGCUCUAUCGCAAGAAUCCUCUCGACUGUUUCUCUUGGCGGGGUUGUCGAUGGGAAACAAUAUCUCAAUCCGGAAACCAUUGACUUGAUUUUCCAGCAGAUGUCAAAUGGCACAGACUUAGUCACCGGCACAUCAACCCGAUUUGGAAUCGGAUUUGGUCUAACCGGUGAAGGAGUGAUGCCCACAUGGCUACCUCACGGGAGGGUAUGCUUCUGGGGCGGUUUGGGAGGCUCAGUCGCCAUCAUGGACUUGGACAGAAAGAUGACCAUCGUAUAUGUCAUGAACAAACUCUAUCCCGUCGGUCUAGGGUCAGACUUGACAAUUGAAUACGUAAAAGAAAUCUACAGGGCGGUAGAAUCAUCACAGGCUUGA